GUCGGGCGGGCGCGGCGCGGAGCGGCGGGACGGGAGCGGAGCGCACCGGGGCGCAGCGCGCACAGCACCGCAACGCACACCGGCACUCAGCCCGUCCCGCACCUGCUGUCCCCUAUGCGCAGCACCGCAGCGGCACAGCCCUAGGGAAAAGCCCCCGCCACCUGCCUGGGGAGAGGGGUGGGUUUUUGGGGGGUGUCAUGGGGGUGGCGGGCACCGAGCUGCCCGGUGGCAACGGCAGCACCAACCAGAGCACUGCAGACCCCACGGUGUCGCGGGACGUGUGGAUGGUGGGCAUGGGGAUCCUCAUGUCGGUCAUCGUGCUGGCCAUCGUCUUUGGUAACGUGCUGGUGAUCACAGCCAUCGCCCGGUUUCAGCGCCUGCAGACUGUCACUAACUACUUCAUCACCUCGCUGGCCUGCGCUGACCUGGUGAUGGGGCUGGCUGUGGUGCCCUUCGGUGCCAGCCACAUCAUCAUGGAGAUGUGGAAGUUUGGGAACUUCUGGUGCGAGUUCUGGACAUCCCUGGAUGUGCUCUGCGUCACGGCCAGCAUUGAGACCCUCUGCGUCAUUGCUGUGGACCGGUACUUUGCCAUCACCUCCCCUUUCAAGUAUCAGAGUCUGCUGACCAAGAGCAAGGCACGUGUGGUCAUCCUGGUGGUGUGGGUGGUCUCAGCCCUCACCUCCUUCUUGCCCAUCCAGAUGCACUGGUACCGGGCAGACCGUGACGAGGCCAUCCUCUGCUAUGAGAAGGACACAUGCUGUGACUUCUUCACUAACCAAGCUUAUGCUAUUGCUUCCUCCAUCAUCUCCUUCUACCUGCCGCUCGUGGUCAUGGUAUUUGUCUACGCCAGGGUCUUCCAGGUGGCCAAGAAGCAGUUGCAGAAGAUAGACAAGAGUGAGGGGAGGUUUCACACCCAGAACAAGGAGCAGGACCAGAACGGGCGAGCUGGGCACCGCCGUUCCUCCAAGUUCUUCUUGAAGGAGCACAAAGCCCUGAAGACCCUGGGCAUCAUCAUGGGGACCUUCACGCUGUGCUGGCUGCCCUUCUUCAUCGUCAACAUCGUGCACGUCAUCCAGGACGACAUCAUACCCAAGUACGUGUACAUCCUCUUGAACUGGCUGGGCUAUGUCAACUCUGCCUUCAACCCUUUGAUCUACUGCCGCAGCCCGGACUUCAGGUAUGCCUUCCAGGAGCUCCUGUGCCUCCGCAGGUCCGCCCUGAAGAUGUAUGCCAACGGCUACUCAAACAGCAAUGGCAGGAGCGACUACAACGAGGAGGACAACGGCUACCCCCUGGCCUCGGAUAAAACCUGUGAGCUGCUCUGCGAAGAGGGCUCCUUCCCUAACCCCGAGGGCUUUUUGCACUGCAAAGAGAUCCCUGGGUGUCCAGGAAUGGUUGAGAGCUGAAUGUGCCGACCUCUCUUCCUCACCACCCUGAGCUCCUGAGGGCUCUGAAGGGAUCGAGUGGGAGCACAGCCUUGCUUCUCUGAGCCUGGGGAUGCUGCAGGAAGUGAUUGCCUUGGCAAAUGUCUUCAUCUCAACACCUAGCCCAUCACGCAUUGCCUGAAGGAGAAGCUGAUGAAGGAUUCCUAGAGGACCAGGAAAGGCUCUACCAGCAGCACCUCAAGCAUCGGAUGAUGCAGAUGGGGAACCAGCACUCAGAAGAGAGGCCCUUUGCAGGAGACACUGCAGAGAAACCAGCUCUGGAAAGAAGCUACAAGAGCCCUGUGAACUGAAGGAGGUGAAUGUCCAAGUCACCACAAAAGGUGCUGCAGGGUUUUCCUGGCAGAGCAUCCUUGGAAAGCACUUUCAAAAGGUCAGCGGGGAUCAGGACCACAUGGCUGUAUCCAGCGGCUAGUUCAGAAGAGCCACAGCAAGGUCCCUGCCUUACGGACAGGACAAGAGAGUGGCAGAAUGUGCCCACAGCCCCAGUCCACAUGUUGGCUGGGGCUCCAGACAAACAGGAAUCUGACCAAGACUGAGAGAGAAGGAGCGUGGCAGAUUGCUUUGGUUUAGUCUGUGCUUGUUUCUCCUUCUGGUAUCUUCUCUGUCUACCUCUUUUUCUCUUUAGCCCUAAAUGUACUGCAUAUGGGGCACAGACCCAUGCAAACAAGCAGGGGGAUUAGCACAGGGCAAAUCCUACCCAGUGCAGUUUGCCAUUGCCAGAUGGGGCUGACAUUGCACAGUGCAAACACAACCUGGCCUUCAUUUGCUCCAUAUGCCGACAGAUCUGCAGCUGCAAUGCCUGGACUUCAGCUGGGAGAAAGACUCAAGCCUGGCAAUCCUACUUGCAAGCAGUCAUACGCUAGCAUCUUGAGACACUCAUGGGAGCCAAGUUUAAUACCCGAGCCCCAAAACAGCACAGAGCAUCCGCCUCUCUGCUGUAGCUGUUGAAAUGAGCAUGCUGGCAGGCUGCACACUCAGGCAUUGUGGAUUGUGGAUUUUUAAAAAUUCAUUCAGCAGAGAAAGAGACAGAGACAUAGGGAGUGACAGAGGCUCAGGCAGGAAGUUUUAGGAAAAACUGAUUUAAAACAACAGGGAAACUUGCACUUCUUAAUUGCAGAUGGUGUCCCAGCAGUAGACUGGCACAUCCAGCUGGGAGGCUGCAAGUCUCUGCUCACCAAGCCUCUCCUGGAGGCCUGGGCAAAACGAGCUGGUACUGACCUGUGCUGGGACCUUCUCUGCUGGGCUUCCAGCUGCAAAACCCUUCCCUUGUGUGCAAUCAUAUUUAUUUAUUUAUUACCUUGCUGCUUGACACAACGCUGCUAUCAGGGCACCCUCCUCACACACCCCCCACGUUGGGCAAGGACGCAGAGAGGAAGCGUGUGCUGUGCGUCUGUCUGUGAGAUGGGCAUGGACAGACGGACAGAUGGAUGCCUGCCCUCCCCUCGAUGCUGUCUGCAUGAAGCACAGAGUUACCAGGCAGGUGACGAGGGCUCACAGUGGGUCAGGCAUAUGCAGAAACAAGCAGGCUUCUGUGGGAGAAGUGCAGCAGGUGUCAAUGCCUCGGUUGGGCCAGAUCCGGGCAUGCACACGGGGUGUGGGAGCACCUGAGUGUGAGGCAGGAGGAAAAGGCUGCCAGUAAAACAGGAAUGCAUUGCCCGGGCAAGCACAAAUUUUGGUCUUUGGAGAAUUAAGAACAGGCUGGACAAACCCUUGUUGGGAAGGACACUGGGAUGGGAAGGACAGCGGGACAGCUGUAUGCUGCAUAAGCUCUGCGGAGCCCUUCCAGCCCCACGCUCUGUGUGCAGCUGAGUUUGUGCAGUGCUUAUGCACAAAUCUCUUGCUCCUGCUUCAUGCCCAGAUCCUGCCCUCCCAGCUGCAACGAAGCAAACAUCCCCUGCCUUGGAGGAGCCAUGUCUCUGGGCAAGGAGCUUCGUCCAAACCUGUGUCGCUGCUAAAUGGAAAUAUUUCCCAAUCACAAACCUGUUCCUCAGAAGAUUCCUGGCUGGCUCCAGUCACGUAUUAUGUACUGGAAAUACAGCCCUUGGGAUUAGCGUUCAGGUUAGAGACAUGCAUGGGAUCUUUGUAGGUCUUUUUCUCACAAAUCCUCUCAUGCUCCAGAGCAGUUUGCAACACAUGAGAUGGAUGUGCUUUCUCCAAUAAUUCACCAGAGUGGCCCCAAAGCAGUGACCUGCUUACUGCUGAUUGCUUCCUUGCAGAGUCGUAAGAGUUGGAUAUGGAAGAGAUGUAUUACAAAUCCAUCUGCCUAUGAACCUUCAGGCUUGUUCCAUGUAUUCCAUUUACUGGUGGUAUGCUCAGUCUAUUUUUAAAUGCACUGACACCAGGGUUAAUGUGCUGUCCUCUGGGAGGCUGCUCCGUAGUCCAAGUCAAGAGCUGCUGCUUGUAUUGCACCUGCAUUUCCUCCUGAAAAUUUCAUUCCAUUAUUCCUAGUGAUGGGAAUAAUCUAAUUCCCAGUUAUUCCUUCAAAUACCCGCUGCUCGUUAUGUCCUGGGCAAGCUCUGCCACUUGAACUGCGCUCCUCCUGCAUCCCCCACGAACCUCUCUGGUUCCCUCAUUUCCGCUGCUCUGUCCUUCCCAUAGUUUGGCACAGAACGAGCCUGUUUGCUGUUAAAUCAGAGGUCAAGGGGGUUUGUCAGGGAUCUGCACCCAGGAGCAGAGCAGCCAGGACCCGUAGCAGAGCUCAGUCUCCCCAGCUGCUUGGAGCUGCUCUCCACAUCCUUGCACAGCACACAUGGUACAGGAGCAGGGCAGAUGUGGAGAUGUCCGAGUCAGCAGUGAGCAGCUCACAUCCUGCAAGGAGCAAAUGCCUGCUCAGGAGAACGCAGAACCACCUCUCCAUCUCUGCAAAACGCAGGCUGAGAGAUGGGGCAGGGGGCACCUGGGCACCGUCUGUGCUGUGCUGCCUGGAAAUCAGGUCCGUGAGCUCAGCACCGAGGGCACCCUGCAUCCUGCUCAGCAGAGGGGUGCUGAGCACCAAGGCACGUGGAGCACGUGCUGGGGCAGCCUCGCAUGCUGCGCUCAGCUGGAGCACUAUUGUGAUUGUAAGAGCUCUGUUCUCUCCUCACUGAACAAAUUGUUCCUACAAAUAAAGAAUGAAAAGCCC